GCUGUGAUUGGACACUUUCGUCCUCCAAUCAGCGGCCGUUGGGGGCGGUCUUGCGCCUGCGCAGAGCGGCGCUGUGUGUCCCGGCUCCAAGAUGGAGGCGCUGCGGGCGCUGCUGGUCCCGGCGCUGAUCCCGGAAGUUUGUUUCGAGGCGAUGAAGGAACGGCCGCUGCACGCUCAAUGCCUGAAGAUCCUGCUCAGUAAAGGACUCGGGUACGGGAUCGUGGCUGGGUCCGCCAUGGUGAAGCUCCCGCAGGUGCUGAAGCUCUAUGGGGCGCGCAGUGGGGCCGGGCUCAGUCUGGGCGCUGUGGGGCUGGAGCUGCUGGCGCUGGGGGGGUCGGUGGCCUACAGUGUGGGGCACGGCUUCCCAUUCAGCUCGUGGGGCGAGGCGCUGUUCCUGCUGCUGCAGACGCUGAUCAUCGCAUUCCUCAUCCUGCACUACAGGGGGCGCACGGUGUGGGGUGAGUGCCCCAUAAGUGACCCCAGCCCCAUAAGUGACCCCUGCCCCAUAAGAGCCACCAGCCUCCAAAUACAUUCCCAGCCUCCCACCCCCCUAUCACCCCUCCUCGCCCCUAUACCGUCCCAUUCCCCCAGCCCCCAUCUUCAACAUCGCCUCCUUCUCAACCUCCUACCUUGCUGUACUCCUCAGCAGCGGAAAACUGUGAGGGUGUACCGGCUGGCGUCAGUGUCGGCGGGUGGUGGGCAAUGCCCGCGAGCGGGCGUUGAUGUUUCCUUGCGAGGGAGCCAGUCUCUAUGGGUCCUUAUGGGUCUCUAUGGGUCCCAAUGGAUCCCUAUGUGUCCCUGUACCCCCCAGCUGCUGCAGGCCGCAGCCAAUCACCGUCAGGGCCACACGGGGCAGCUGUCAGCGCUCAGCUCCGUCCUGCUGCUGCUCGGAGCCACCGCCAGAGUGUUCACGUCCGUACAGGAGACAGGGGACCCUCUGCUGAUCCUCACCUACUUGGUGUCGGCCGCCUGCAACGCGCUCCUUGUGGGGCAGAUCUUCUAUUACAGCCGCGCUGUGGGGCAGCCCCAUAGCAAAGCUGAGUGAGCCCCACAACGCGCUACGGGGCUGCCCCAUAGAUCUAUAGGGUGUGAUGGGGGGGAUGUGGUGCUAUGGGGCUGCCCCAUAGAUCUAUGGGGUGUGAUGGGGGGGAU